UUUGUGUGAAUAUAUAAUGCCAUUCCGCAGUCUGGUGUGUCAGUCGUCUUCCAUCAACAUGAAGGCAGCAGUGGUCUUGUGUGUCAUCGCUAUAGUAUUGGCUCUGGUAGAGUGCCAGAAUGGUCCACCAAGUGGCACUGGAUCUAGUGGCAACCCACCUAGUGGCACACCACCCAGCGGAUGCCCACCAUCUACAGGCACAGCACCUCCUGGCGCACCACCACCACCCCCACACUGCACCCAGAGUGGAACCACAUCUCAAGACCAGUCUACAACAGGAUGAGCCAGAAAAUUCCAGAAUGUAUGAAAAUGUCUUGUUUUAUUGAAAAAGGAUUAAAAAAAUACUCGCUAUGCAUAAAUGUAUUUCAUGGUGUGGAAAUGGUUUUGAAAUAUAAUCAAUAUUACUGAUAUAUUUAUUCUUAUUGAAUUCUAUCCUUAUCCUUGAAUAAAAUGUAUCUAUUAUACUUCAAU